AUGCUCCUAGAAAAAUUAGCGGAGGCUACGAAAUCAAACAAUUCAAAAGAUCAUUUGUUGAAGAAACUUGAAAUAGAAAUGGAAGAUAAAGUGAAAGGGCUAGAAUCAGAAAUAUCACGUCUAAACAAAGAAAUUGAAGAGAAGGAUUCCUUCUACGCAAAAGAAAAAAGGAGAUCACAAAACUUUUUUGAUGAGGUUGUCGAAACCGAAAUCAAGUUCGAAGAAAAACUCAAUGAACAGAAGAGUAUUAUAGCUGAAUUGGAAAAAGAGAUUAUCAACAUAGGAGAGCGAAAUAAUCUUCUCUUAAUAGAAAUUUAA